AUGGGUGCCGUCGAGUUGCAAGGGCAGCCGCUCAUCCUGACGGUCAGCGCGUUGACCUCCUUGGGCUUCAUGCUAAUUGGUUUCGACAAUGGCCUCAUGGGAGGACUUGUCAACUCUCCCGCCUUUAACGCCACAUUCGACAGCCCUGCAUCGGACAUGAUCGGUGUAAUUGUUGCUAUUUACGAGAUCGGUUGUUUCUUUGGAUCCCUAUGUUCUGCCAUCUUCGGAGAGAAAUUGGGUCGUCGUCGGUCCAUUACCAUCGGAGCCUGGAUCAUGAUUAUCGGUGCCAUCUUGCAGGCGUCUUCGUAUAGCCGCGCCCAGCUCAUUGUCGGUCGCAUCGUGUCUGGCUAUGGCAUGGGUAUUAUCAAUUCGACUGUGCCCGUCUUUCAGGCUGAGUUCAGUCCCAAGUCGAGCAGAGGAGUUUACGUCUGUGCGCAGCUCUCAACGCUGAACUUUGGUAUCUUCCUGGUGUAUUGGAUCGAUUACGCCUUCUCAUCCAUAACAUCCAGCUACGCCUGGAGGAUUCCCGUAAUCCUCCAAUGCUUCUGCAUCAUUCCCAUGCUAUUCAUCAUCACCAUCGUUCCCGAGACCCCUCGUUGGCUCGCAUCUCACGACCGGCCCGACGAGAGCCUCCAGAUCCUCGCCCGUAUCCAUGGUACCUCUACCGAUGAUGUCGAGGUGCGCCGCAUGCACAGUGUCAUCAUGCAGACCGUGGCCAUCGAGUCGUCUGUGAGCUCGGGUGGAUGGAAGGAUCUGCUGAAGAGCGACAGCAUCAAGUCUCGGCGGAGACUGCUCAUUGCCUGCGCCAUUCAGAGUUUCCAGCAGCUCGGUGGCAUCAACGCCGUGAUCUACUAUGCGAGCACCCUCUUUCAGCACAGUAUCGGCUUCGACGCCCACAUGUCCUCCCUCAUGUCUGGCUUCCUGCAGACCUGGUUCUUCCUGGCUUCCUUCAUUCCGUGGUUCCUGAUUGACCGCGUCGGACGAAGACCUUUGCUACUUUCCAUGAUCAGCGUCAUGGCAGCCGUCAUGGCUAUCCAAGCCGCUCUUAUCUACCAAGUGCAGAACGAGACGGCCAUCGCGCGUUCCGCCGGUAUUGGUGCUGCUGCCAUGCUCUUCGUGUUUCAGGGCGCAUUUACCGUCGGCUUCCAGGCUACCGUCUGGGUCUACCCGUCGGAAAUUCUUCCACUCCGUAUGCGCCAACAGGGUUCUGCCAUUUCCACUGCCAUGAACUGGAUUUUCAACUAUAUGAUUGUGCAAGUUACACCGAUCGCCAUUGACUCAGUUGGCUGGAAAACAUACAUUAUCUUCGCCGUGCUCAACGCAACCUGGGUGCCGAUCAUCUACCUGUUCUUCCCCGAGACCAAGGGCCUUGAGCUUGAAGAUGUGGACCGUCUCUUCGCUGGAGAAGACCUUGUCGACAGAAUGGAUCACAAACACAUGGGCGAGGCAACUACGGUGGACAAGCUUGAAUGA